CGAUCAGUCACAAUCUCAAUCUCGUGCGGGAAAUGUACAUUGAAAUUUGGUGAUGUUGAAGCUCGUAGAGCUAACAGAAAACUACAUGAUCACCAGCGCAUUUUUGCAGCUUUUUUUUUCACGAACACCGCACCGCUUUAUUGUCGUGGUAGUUGUUACGAGACAUCUCCAGCUCAACGAAAGAAGUUGCAACCAUGUCCUCCCCGAGUCAGCAACCAAGUUCCUCUCUGCUCCACCAUGCGAGCGUGGGCGCGCUGUCCUCCGUCCUCGCGGUAUCGUAAGGAAAAAUCCCCCCUCCCCAUAUCGAAAAGAAAACUUCUGAUGCUGAUUUGUGAUCACAAAUCGACUUGUAUUGCUAGAAGGCCAAGAGACGCCGCCGCCCCCUCGUUUGCAGGCAAUUAUUUGUCAUGCUGUUUUCCGCUUCCAGUUGCUUCCUGUCAUGCUGAAGACGCAAUGCUUUCCCACGCCAGCCAGCACUGCAGUGUCUACAUCUCUUGCCUUCUAGCAUGACAGUCUGACUUGUGAUCACAAAUCAUGCUACACAAGUCGCCCUUUGAGUAUGUGUAUGGGGAGGGGGCGUUUUUCCUUUUGAUGCACGGGCUUGCUCCUCUACCCGCUGGACGUGCUGCGAACCCACAGCCAGAUGGACAAGUCGCGGAAGGAGGAGAAAACGUUGACCGUUUUCCAGCGCUAUCAAAUGUAAAAAUGUCUGGGUCUGGAAAGUUGUGAUGCUGAGUGGCGUAGCAUGAGGAGGCCACAAGUGCUGGGUCAGCAUGACAAAUUUCUGAGCUUGUAGGUGUUGCCUAUUCUGCAUGACAAAUUGCGUCUCCGCAUGACAGAAAAGCGCGGCUCUUGGGCAACGUGCAUGACAGAUUUAAGAGUCAUGCCAGACAAGCAUGACAAACAUGCACUCUUCCAGACCCAGACAUUUUUACAUUUGAUAAGCGCAUUCGGGUCAUUUACGAGCUCGGGAGGAGAGCAAAGCAGGCCGAGCAGGAGAAAGCGGGCGUCGGCAUGCAGCUCCUGUUUGGCUCCCCGUCCGGGGGGACCACUGCUGUCAAGAUGAGCGGUGGAAAGGAGCAAAAAGCUGAUGAAAAUAAGCGAGAACAGCGCAAGAAGCAACUCGAGCAGAUUUUCGCCGGUGUGAAGGGAUUCUACAGUGGUCUAGUACCCGUCUUGACCACGAUCGGGACGUCGCAGUUCGUGUAUUUCUACCUGUUCCAGUGGACCAAGAAGGUGGUGGCAAAGCUGCUCGUGGCGUAUCAGGCGAGUAGAAGAGCAGGCAAAAGUCAACAAGUGGCCCUAGGACUUGCUGCGGGUGACGCUGCUGCCGCCGCCGCCGCUGCUGCGAAAGCGGAAAUACAGAAAGUAGAGGAAAUUUCCGCGUUCCAAUCUUUCGUCGCCUCGCUCGUCGCCGGGGUUUUGAACAUGCUCCUAACCGAACCGCUUUGGAAAGCAAACAUGCGUUGCAUGCUCGCAGCCAGGAAUUCCUCGGUGUUGAUGAACGAUUCCGCUGCUUCGAGUGCCACCACGUCGAAGCAAACGGUCGCGAGCACCAGCCCGAUUUCGCCCCUAGUGACCGCGAAAACGCCCGUCAUGAGUCCGAAUAAAAAGAAUGACAAGAAUGUUUCAACAGCGGAGCAGGAACAAACCAGCAAUUAUGCACAACACCAUCAUCAGCUAAUUAUGCCUUCUACGGCAAAAAUGCAGAACGUGUUUCGGGUCGCGUACCGUAUGGGGGAGGAAAACGGUUUCCUGUCCCUCUGGGACGGGUUGACAACUUCGUUGUGGCUGGUUUCGAAUCCGGUGUUGCAGUACGCGUUGUAUGACGUGUUGAAAAAACGGUACCUCGACUACUUCAACAGCGGGGGUCCUUCUUCAUCCCCGCAAAUUAUAAAAUCUACAGCAACCAUCUCCGCCUUCGUAUGGAGUUCUCAAAUGUUACAUUCGCAACUGUAUACAUGAAUUUGUAAUGCAGGAAUGGGAAAAAUGAACGGGGGGAAAUUGCGCCUUUUGCAUUACAGGUUUGGCGCAGAGAGAUUCUAAUGCUAUCUAGCGCGUCAAGAACUUGUCAUGCGUUUUUGCAUGACAAAUCAUGUACUUAACAGCUGAGAAUGUAACAGUUGAGAGCCCGCCCAUACUUCGCCGCCUUCCUCAUUGGCAGCAUCACGAAAACGAUCGCCACCGUGCUCACCUACCCCCUGCAGGUGACGCAGACCCGGAUGCGCACGCUAUGCAUUGCAAAAGUAUCGUACUCGUACUAAUUGCAGUUAUGCAUUACAAAUCUAGUUGUUAAGGUAAAUCAGCAUUACAAAUUUAAAUUUGUAAUGCUAAUGCUGAGCUAAUUUGUAUUGCGAUUUAUACUAGUACGAUACUUUUGCACAGGAUACACCCUGGUUUCGAACGACGUCACGUUUUUCUCGUGCAUGCAGCAGAUCCUUAUGCACAGUGAAUUUCCCGUACACGUACAGAUCCGGUCUCUGCAUGACAAAACUUGGCUUCGAUUCUAGUUUAGCAUGACAAGUUUUACGCUACAAAUUGGCGAAAUUUGUGAUGCAUGCUGUACAUGUGCGGGAAAUUUUGUAUUGCAUAAUCCUGGAGCUCGAGGGCUUCUUCAAGGGGUUUUUCAAGGGGCUGGGCCCGAAGCUGCUGCAGACGGUCAGUCAAGCGGCGUUCAUGUUCGCGUUCUACGAGUUUCUGCUGGAGAAAACGCGGAGGGCGUUUCACUGAAUGAUAUAAUCCAAAAACAAAAAGCUUUAGCUUAUAUUUCUCAUCCAUCGUGGAGGUCGUGGUCCUCUGACAUCUACUCGUUGUAUCAGAAUGCGAAGGAAUGAACCGAAUAACCGAUUACUCUUCGGGCACCUGGCUUGUGUUGGUGCUGGGUAUGUUCUACUUGAACAAGAUGCAAU